CUUUGCCCGUCAGGUCAACAAGAUCGACUGUCACUUCGAGUAUUCUACCGCUCAACUUAGUCUCGCUCGAUUCGAUUUUGUUCAGACGUAUACAAGGCCGGGACUAUCUGACUGUCAGAUGCAAGAUUCGACAGGGGCUUUGGCCAAUCUGUUAGUGAGCUGAUGCGGCCAUCGCCAAGUUCCAUACCUAAUCACGGUCUGUCCCAGCAUCGAAGUUCGAAACGUCCUUCUUUCACUUUCUUUACGGCGUAGUGAAAUGAUCGAGGGCCUACCAUUACUAUCUUAUCAUCACUAUAUCAUCAUCUCGGCCAAGCAUGUGAGCCUUGCCAUCACUUCUCUCUAGCUUCGUCAGCUCCUACAUCAAAUCGCUGCGGCAUCGAUAGCGAUCACUGCCCCUACGACUUGACCUUUCAUAGGCCAAAUAGCCGGCUGCAGCUUAAGCUACAGCAACGGGUUGUUUUCUUACAAACUAUAAUUGUACAGCCCUCCAUAUCAUCACUCAGGGACAGACCAACUUUGCUGAAAUAUAGCAACAGGUUGUCAUGUUGCUCAAGGUACUGAUCGGCCCUUGAGAGUUUCGAUUGUGGCUGGCCAGGUUAUUUGAUCCCAUUCUUGGCUCAGGGCCGUGUGACGCUCGGAAUACUAAGGCAAUAAAUACUAAGACCACCAAGACCGCUAUCGAAGAGCCAACCUCGACCGUCCGUUGCCCGCAUUUCACACUUUCACUUCUAUGAUUCCCCUCGCGCCACGACUCUCAAAAGAAUUACAUUAUCCAUCCAGAUACUUGAAAUCUUCAACUGGACACAACUAGCAAUUGCCCAUAGUGAAAGCGGGGCGUGAUCAGCUCCUCCGAUUCCCGCAAUUCCGCACCGCGAAUCCUAAACGAACACCUGUCUAGUGCAAUCUUGCGCUGAACUGAAGGGCAUCACUAUCAUUAAGAUCAAGAUAAAGAAGAGAUGGGAAGUUGUUUCAGCAAGGGAUCCGGCUCCGGAAGUGGCAGCGGCGGGAACUUCCGAGGCGAAGGCCACGUUUUAGGUGGCGGCGGCAGUAACCCGGCGGCGGCGGUGGCGGCGCGUCCGGCACCGGCAUCAUCAACGAGCGGCGGUGGCGGUUACGGAACCGUCAACGCACCCGCUUCUUCUUCUGUUCCACCAAAUGUGACAACGGGAAGGACAACCGGCGGUAGUGUGAGUGGCGGCAGGACUCUCGGGGGCGCAUCCGAAGGACCGCGAGCAGGAGAAGCAGGAACAGAAGGCGGAAGCGAUGACCCCAAGAGCAAAGCUGCGCAGGCUGCUAUGGCUCGGUUUCAAAGAGAUCAAGGGUCAGGUGCCGACCUCUCCAAGAAGCUGCGAGCGCAAAAGGGCAUGACGCGCGAUGCGCUUCUCAAAGAGGAGAGUGAGCGGGAAAGAGCGCGAAGGGCGGCUGAUCAAGCGGCGGAGGCGAGGAGUUAUAAUUAAGGUGGUUCUUUGACGGUGCGCGACUGAUUUUGCGGAAGGGAUAGUUCAAGUUGAUUGGGAGUUUGGAUCGCUUUGAAAGUGGGUGGUGCUUAUAGUGGUUGACGAUGGCUCGUUUGGGUGUUGCCCCAAGCAUGAACAGCACGCUUUUUUUUUCACUCUCAUACGCAAAUUGUGAUUAUUGUGAGUAGAACACUGGACGUAUCAAUCUAUAAUGCAUCUAUGAACAACU